CUGGCCGCCUUGGUGGCGCCGAGCCUCGCAGAAAUCCACUAUGCAACUGCCUACUGGAUGAGUUCUGAAAAGACAAUACAAAUAAAAGAUGUACUGGACAAGAGUGGAGAUGCUUAUGGCUUUUACAAUGACUCCGUAAAUGCUACCGGCUGGGGCAUCCUAGAGAUCCGAGCGGGCUAUGGCUCUCAGAACCUGAGCAAUGACAUCAUCAUGUUUGCAGCCGGCUUUUUGGAGGGUUACCUCACCGCCCCACAGAUGUAUGACCACUUCACAAACCUCUACCCACAGAUGAUUAAGAAUGCUUCCAUCAUGGAUAAAGUGCAGAGUUUUAUGCAGAAGCAAGAUCAGUGGACCCAAGAAAAUAUCAAAGCUCAUAGAAAUGAUCCAUUUUGGAGACAUACUGGCUAUGUUAUGGCACAAUUGGAUGGGCUAAUACUAGGAGCCAAGAGAAGGGCUAAGUUAGAAAAGCAAAAGCCCCUGACCCAGUUCCAGGUCCAGUUCCUGAACGCUGUUGGAGAUAUGUUGGAUCUGGUUCCCUUGUUCUCUCUCAAAGGCAACCUGGAUCUUCAAAGGAGAAUGGAAAUGGGACAUUGUUCUGCUCUCAUUAAGGUUCUUCCUGGAUUUGAGAAUAUUCUUUUUGGUCAUUCAAGUUGGUUUGUGUAUGCAUCCAUGCUGAGGAUAUAUAAACACUGGGACUUCAACAUCAAUGACAAAGACACCAGCAGUAGUCGUCUAUCUUUCAGCAGUUACCCAGGGUUUUUGGUGUCUCUGGAUGACUUUUACAUUCUUAGCAGUGGUUUGAUAAUGUUGCAGACCACAAAUAGUGUGUUUAAUAAAACCCUGCUACAGCAAGUGGUACCCCAGUCUCUUCUGGCCUGGCAAAGAGUCCGUGUAGCCAAUAUGAUGGCAAAGGAUGGUAGAACAUGGGCAGAGAUCUUUUCAAAAUACAACUCUGGGACCUACAACAACCAGUACAUGGUCUUGGAUCUCAAGAAAGUCAAGCCAAAAGUCAGCCUCGACAAUGGCACGCUGUACAUUGUGGAGCAGAUCCCUACCUAUGUGGAAUAUUCUGAACAAACUGCGGUCCUACGGAAAGGAUACUGGCCCUCCUACAACAUUCCUUUCCAUGAAAAAAUCUACUCCUGGAGCGGCUAUCCACUGUUAGUUAAGAAGCUGGGCUUGGACUACUCUUAUGAAAUGGCCCCACGAGCCAAAAUCUUCCGGCGCGAUCAAGGGAAAGUGACUGAUAUGGAGUCUAUGAAAUAUAUCUUGCGAUACAACAGAUACAAGGAGGACCCUUACAGCCGUGGUGAUCCCUGUAAUACCAUCUGCUGCCGCCAGGACCUUAAUUUAAAGAACCCAGCCCCUAUCGGUUGCUAUGACACAAAGGUGGCAGAUAUGUGGCUGGCAUCCAAGUACAGAGCCUAUGCGAUCAGCGGCCCCACAGUCCAAGACGGCCUCCCGGUUUUUCGCUGGGGCUCUUUCAACAAGACUGUCCACCAGGGCAUGCCGGAGGCCUACAACUUUGAUUUUACCCACAUGAAACCAAUAUUAACAUGAGGGAGAUGAGGAAAGAGAAGGCAUUAUUUUAGCUAUGUUUUUCCCUUCAGAAUGUAUCUUAAUAAAAUAUAUUAAAUUCAUAA